AGUAUACACGCAUUUGCUUCUCCCAUCACUUAGUCAACAAUGAGAAUGCAGAGGGAAAAAAAUCAUGAUUUUCAAUCCGUUAAAAAGUACCCGUAAAGUUCAAUUUCCAUUGGAUGAAUAGACCGGAAUCCCGAACAAUUAGCGGACGCUAAUGAGCGGCUUUUGAUUUUGUGAGCACGGCCGAUCGUUAGUCGGAGGGGGGCCAUGAAUGAGAAUGUACGAAAGAAAGGAAAUAAUCACGUAACGUGCUCGUGGGGCACGUUUCCUUGCGAUGCCUUGUAGUUAUUUGUUUACGCAUUUUGGAUUUCGAGGAUGACUCAACUGAGUGAAAGUAUUCGACGACAUACCCAGUCGCGGCACAAGUUCUUCUGAGCUACCCGUAGAUGGCUCUAUCGUUUGUAUACAUUUUCAAAUGAAUUAGAAGACAAAACAUCUCCAUUGGAUUCAUCAGAAUAAAAAAUUUCUUGCAUCCAAUAAUAAGCUUCGAUCAUGAACCUUUUUUUUGUACGACGAAGUUGGAUUUCGUAAGCAUUUUAUGGUAAAAACUCAAACAGUGAAUAAAGUUUUCACAUCAAGAAAAUUGCAAUCGUUUCGAACCUCGUUGUGGGAUACCAACGUUCAGGAUACUACGAUGUUAGUGGGACUUCGAGAACAGUUCGUGAAAAAAAUAUAUCGAUCAGGAUAUCCAAAACCGUUUGAGUUCCCAAGUGUCAUUAAAUUGUGAAAAAAUUUCAAAGCGAUUAGUUCCAAAGACCACUUAAUGGUUUCUGGAACAAAAGUGUUUUGUGGAUUCUUCGAAAUUUCUCGUCGUCAAUCAAAGCUCGAAUUGAAAUUUCCUCGUACGGGAAAACUCAAAAAACAAGUGUUUCCGAAACACUCGCUGACAGUUGCAGUUUCAAAUUCGUUGCCGUAUAAACAAAUUUCGACAAUAAACCUGACCGUGCACUAACGAGCGAAUAUUUUGGUGAAAUGUUGAAACUUCGUCAAGCUUUAAAUAUUUUCAAAAACGUGUUUAAUCAGUCGGACCGAUCCGAAGAUUAGAGUCCCUCGAAUUCCGGUAACUCGACGAUCGAUCAUCAGGAAAAAAACGGGCGUGACGAGUCUCCAAAUAUAAACAUGCGUCAUACGCACGUUCGAUCGGCGGAGAAAAGAUUGCACAGCCAGCCAAUGUGCCCGAUGCAUUGCGAGAUAAGAGCGACGUAACGACGGGGCGAAAAUAAUAAUCAAGAAAACGAAGAUGUAUCAUAAUAAUGGAUAUUUGAUGGAGUCCAGUCGCGACCAUCAUCGAGGUUAUUCAACCGAAGGAGAGGAAAGUCAUCAUGCGCCUUCUGUACGGACAGUUUCGGAAUAUGCGCUCUCCCACAAACACAAUAAUCCGAUGAAACCAGUUCCACCGGGAAGAAGCUCGAGUAGCAGGCCAAAAUAUGAGCACGUCAGCGAGAAACGAAUCCAUGUUACUCGGAGUGGGCAAGACUCGGAUUUUUCGAGAGACUCACCCCCGAGUAUUCACACUCCGAUUAAAGUAUCGAGGCACGAAAGUAGUCCCUACGAUGGAUCGGAUUUGUAUGUCACGGGAGCACCCUACCGAGCCUCAUCUGAACUGAGUCGUGGAUCGCGCAACAGUCCAGCACCGAGUUCGAGAGCUGCUGAGAGAGCUCCGAGUAAUUACAGCGGCUCGGCGAGAUCGGGACACUCGACGGUCAAGACUCACACGUCUCGACACGGUGGAGUUAUCGUGGAAACCAUGUCGACACCCAAUCCCUUCUGUCCAAAUACGAAGGGAAUCUGUUGUCUCAUGUUACUCCUCAAUCUGGGCUUGAUUCUCGUCACUCUCGGUUUCGUCAUAGUUAUCCAAUUUUUCACACCAUUGGUCGUUUGGAUUCUUGGUAUAGUCUUUCUUAUUUUUGGCUUCAUGACUCUUAUCGGAAGUUUGUUGUAUUGCGUGCACGUGUUCAGAAACGCGAAGCAUCCGCAUGACAUUAAUCCGGAGGAUCUUUACUGGACACGAUAUUGGCAAGGCCAUGUAGGUUCUGCCCCGGAAAUACAUUACAAAGCUGAGGGAAAAUAUGCAGACGACGCGGCUAGCGAUCGUUUCAGUAAAUACUCGACGAAUUAUUCGGACCGUCACAGUGGUCACCGAUACUAAAGAAAUCAUAACGCUGACUUAUUAUUAUCGUUACGUGACGUUACUCGGUGCACACUCGCUAGUUGACUGUUGCAACUUAAAGUUCGUUAAUGACGAACGAAGCAAUGCUGGGACAAUUCGAAGUCGAAUUAUAUUGUCACUCGUCGUGACUCACGGUGUAAAUUCACCAGGAAAAUGAUUUUUAUACGAAAUAAACACGAAACGAUACUCAAAGCCUUGGAGACUUGGACCAGUUUCGUUUUUGGCUUUGUAACUAAAUAGACUGCCUUCAUGUGCCGUGACAACUAGUGUUAUAACGAUAACGUACUUCGUUUUUUUAGCAUGAAUUUGGUCACUAAUUUUUCAUACCUCACACUCCUUUUAAUAAACGAAUUCACGAACGGACACACGUGAUGAUUUAAUGUGCAAUUUGUUACCAAUUAUGUAUUCUAAUAAAUUAAAGAAACAACA